GAGCCCAUCGGAUCCGAUUCCGAAAUGUAGUCUCACCCUCUCUCUCACUCACUGGCUCACUGCCUGCAGACCUCCACCUUCAUUGUCAAUCCUCAUAUCUCUAAAUUCCGAUAUUCAGAAACCUUUCUCUCUAAGGAGAUCUAAAACCUUCCUUACCUCCCAUAAACUCUCACGAUCUCAAACCUUAAAAGCUCCCUUCUUUCCUCCCUUCAAUUCGCAAGAUCUGAACCCUCACCGCGAAACAACCGGUGACACGGUGCCGUGCAACUGCCACUAAGCGAUGAGAGGCCGGCGGCCGGCGAGGAGUGGACUUGACGCUAGCCACGCUGCAGCAGCUAUCAGUGGGCCAUCGGCUAAUUCCGCAGCAGCAUCAUCACCAGCUGUUCCUCCAAAUUUCAGCGGAGCAGAUUGGUCAGGUCAUGGCCCAGGUUCUAAGACAGGUUCCCUAUCAGGGGUUGGUACGCAACCACCUCUGCCUUCCUUGAGCACGAACGCUGGUGGCUCUGCACUUGGAUCGUCACAGCCUUCAUGCAGACCUUGGGAAAGAGGAGAUCUACUCAGGCGCCUCGCAACAUUUGACCCAGGGAAUUGGUUUGGGAAACCAAAGGCUGCUAGCUCAUUAGCUUGUGCCCGUAGAGGGUGGGUAAAUAUUGGUAUUGAUAAGAUAGAGUGUGAGACAUGCGGUGCAAGUAUUAAAUAUUUUACGACUGCUGGCAGGAUGUCUUCUGAAGCUGAUGGUGCAGCUGAAGAGUUUUCCAAACAGCUUGAUUCAGGGCACAAGGGAACAUGUCCUUGGAGAGGAAAUAGCUGUCCAGAGAGCCUGGUGCAGUUUCCUCCAACUCCUCCAUCAGCGUUGAUUGGAGGAUACAAAGAUCGCUGUGAUGGACUUUUACAAUUUGCUGCACUACCAGUGGUGGCUGCAUCUGCAAUUGAGCAGAUGCGCAUUUCUCGUGGGCCACAAAUCGAUCGGUUUCUUGCGAACUCCAUCAACUUCUUAACUGGGGAGCCAAGCAUGAAGUCCGAGAAUUUCUCAGGAAUGGAAUCCUCUAGAGAAGAGACAUUCUCUUUGUAUUCUCGUGCACAAAAGCUGAUAGCUUUGUGUGGAUGGGAACCUAGAUGGCUUCCAGAUAUCCAAGAUUGUGAAGAUCAUUCUGCUCAAUCUGCUAGAAAUGGGUAUUCUGGUGGACCUUCUACGAAAUAUGUUCAUCCUAAUGAUGCUGGUCCGAGCAAGAAGGCUUUCUCAAGUACAACUAAAAGGGAUUCUUGCAAGAAUGAACUAAUGUGUCCUGAAUCUAAGUGUGAAUCUAGGUCACCGUUGCUAGACUGCAGCUUAUGUGGUGCUACUGUGAGAAUUUGGGACUUCAUAACUGUUUCUCGCCCUGUUUGUGUAAUGCCCAAUGGCAUUGAGAUUCCAGAAACAAGUAAAAAAAUGGUUUUAACUCGUGGUGUGAGUGCAGCCAGUGGAAUCAGUGGAUGGGUGGGUACUGAUUGCAUGGAGAAAGAGCAGGCUGAAUACCAUGAUGAAGCUGCUACUAUAGAUGAGGGAAAGCUCACGUCAAAUGUAGCUGUGGAUUUAAAUUUGACUAUGGCUGGUGGCUUGUCAUCAGGACAUGUUCAUUUGCCCGAUGUCUCUCAGCAAUAUCGUGAUGCUGACUUAGGGAAAGAUCUAAUGAUUGGACAACCUGCUAACAGUGAGGUUGGUGAUCGUGCUGCUUCCUAUGAAUCAAGAGGGCCAAGUACCCGUAAACGGAGCUUGGAUGAGGGUGGAAGCACAGUAGACAGACCCGUUUUAAGGAUGCAACAGGCUGACAGUGUUGAGGGAUCUGUUAUUGAUCGUGAUGUUGAUGAGGUUGAUGACGGUAAGCAGUAUUUAGCUGGGCCGUCAAAGCGUGUUCGUGAGUCUGAUGUUAUUGAAAGGUGUGGGUCUUCAUUUCGAAGAGAUUCAUCUGGUGCAGGCCCUAGCAACUCACAAGGCAUUGAUAUUGAAGUAGAUGAAAGAAGAAAUGAUAUUUCACAUGGAAAUGAUCAAGUUCAUCGCUUUCCUGCCACUAGAGAUUCAACACAUGCAUCAUCUGUUAUCGCAAUGGAUACUAUUUGUCACAGUGGAGAUGAUGAUUCCAUGGAAAGUGUUGAAAAUUAUCCUGGAGAUGUUGAUGAUAUUAAUUUUACUUCAGAAGCAAUGCCUAAGAAUGCUGAUGUAAUUGAUACUUCGGACCUGAAUUUUAGUAAUCAGGCACAACAAAGUGCCUGUUUUCAACCAGCGGCUGCCCGAAAUGGUGGAGAAAUGGGUUUAAGUAGCACAAAUGAUGACGACGAAGUCCUGAACACAGAUACAGUAACUGCACCGGCUAGAGAUGGCCCUAGUAUAGGUAUCAGUGGUGGAAGUGUUGGAAUGGGUGCGAGUCAUGAAGCUGAGAUUCAUGGGACUGAUGUUUUUGCUAAUAGAUCUGACAGCGGUGUUGGUGAUGUGGAGCCUAUAGCUGAGGUUGUUGAAAAUCAGGGACAAACAGGUGAGUUUGCCCCAGAACAUGGAUCCAGAGAGGCGUUGAUUGAAGAGAUCGAUAAAGAGGAUCCUCAUGGAGAUAGUCAAGAUGUGUUCUGCUCAGUCGGGAGGGCAGAUAGUGGGUCAAAAGUUGUUGGUUCAAGGAAAGAAGAAUCUGUAGAAAGUGAUGAGAAGAACAGUGAGAUGCAAGCUUUAGCCCAAGAAGCUAGUGUUCAUCCUUCCCUAUCUUGCAACGCUAUUGUGUAUUCAGGCAUUGAGGCAUCCAAGGAAGAAGUAUCUCAAGGACGCAAGCAGUCACCUGCUGACGAGGGUGCAUGUCCGGAAUCAGAUUAUAUGAUGACCAAUGUGACAGGGCCUCCAAAUGGGGGAAGCAACUUCGAAGGUGUUGAAUUUGAUCCAAUUAAGCAUCACAAUAGUUUCUGUCCUUGGGUGAACGGCAAUGUUGCAGCAGCUGGCUGCAGCACUGGUGCCAGUUCCUCAGCAGGUGCUGUAGCUCUUUGUGGCUGGCAGCUCACCCUUGAUGCUCUGGACAUUUUUCAAUCCCUUGGGCAUAUUCCAGUUCAGGCCGUGGAAUCUGAGUCGGCAGCGUCAUUGUAUAAGGAUGAUCACCUAACUUCAAGCCAUAAACUUUUAACACACCAUUCCUUCAGCAAAAGCCGUGGGCAAAGUGGAACUUGAAUCGUAAGCACAGCAUGACUAUGACAGUGCUGCGAUGGCGUAGUUUGCCGCCCUAUGUUUUAUCCUGGAUGCUACUGCUGUGAGUAUGUGAUAGGGAAGAAGAAUCUUACCAGUAGCACAAACUUUAUGUAAUUUUCCCGUUAUUAUUUCCAUAUUGGUGAGUUUUCUGGUUAUCGUUUCUUUACAGGGAUUGGCAAUAAAAAAUAGACACUCCUCAAGUAUACAGGAGGUUUUCAGUCUACCCUUGUUUGAUUGAUCGAAAUUUUAUGUAGUUCUAAUAUGUACGAGUAGUAAUUUAUUCUUGGUCGGAUUUAUAGCAUAAUUAAUAAUGAUAUUACAUCAGGAAUCUCCCCGCA